GCGUGACGUCAGCCCGGCGUCAGAGACAGUUAUAUCAGAGCCUUGCCGGUGCGGUGUUACAAAUAUUACUUCCGUGAAAACUGUGGUCCGAAGAAGCUCUCACGAAGCUCAUCAGAUAGUCACUUUGCAAAGCUUCUCCAAAGCAGUCAAGAUGUCCUCUUACGAAGAAGGAAAUGAUUCAAAGUUAAUGAGGAAAGUGAAGGAGAAUCCCUUUGUUCCAUUGGGAUUGGCUGGAUUUGUUGGCAUCGUUGCACGCCAGCUGUACAAAAUGAAAAAUCGAGGGGACACAAAAAUGUCAGUGCACUUGAUUCACAUGCGUGUAGCUGCACAGGGCUUUGUGGUUGGAGCCAUGACAGUAGGAGUCCUGUAUUCAAUGUACAACGAUUACAUCAGGGCCCCUAAAGAACGGUAAACCCCGUUGAGAUCUGGAUCUCAUUUUCAAGAAGGAGCUGUUGUCCCAAGAGGGAUGCAAAGUGUGUCCCUCCUCACCAUAAACAACACUGUAAAAUAAUAUGUUGUUUUUACUCCAAUUCGAAACACAGGAAACACUCCCAUGAAUGCAAUAAAAUGUGUGGCUGAUCUGCUGAGAAGCCUCUAAUGUCCCGCCCCCAUCACGUGCAUUCAUUCAGAAUUUGAUAGUCAUUGUGAAGCUCGCUCACUUGUUGAAACUUGUUGAUGAAACCUGUUUUUUGUUUUUUUUUAAUUCAAUCAUCGUACCCCAUGUAUUUGAAAAAGGUUUUAAAAAUAUUAAAGUUUUUUAAUUAUUGUUAUUAAUCAACUUUGUAUAUGCAUAACUGAACAUUCUAUUUAAAUAAAACAAACAGCUAUUGCAAAAUUA